GAGGAAAAGCACAAUGCUGAGCUGCGAGCCGUCGAGAUAGAGUCUCGUGUGGUAAACGGUGUGUGCCUAAGUGACAAGAGCCACUCUGUUCCGUCACACCACACCCCGACCCAAGCUACGGGCCUGUUUGCUGACAUUGAUUUGGCUAGUCUGCAAGCGGGAACUUGGUCACCGUCGCUUGGUCUCAAUCUGCCAGCCGGUUCGCUGCCAUGCCCGGCAAUGAUUACAGGAACUGGUACCAGUAGCGCUGGUGUCGGCGGCUGCUUUGAGGCUGAGACAGAUGGUGGAGACGGAAGCGUUGUGCGCCGGUUGGAUCCAUCACUAGCCUCAGCCGGAAAGGAUCUUCAGGCCAAUCUAGAACCAACCUGGAGACGAGAGGAGCUGUCCUGCUCUGAUAAUGAACGCAAUGUACGCUUUCACCAUUUCAUUAAUAUUAUUCUGCAAGAUAGUGUUGAAAACACAUUAGUAUCUCCGGAGGCCACUCGAAAGCAGAACGAUAUUAAUUUUGUCCGGGCCCAUAAGUUAGAAGAGGAAGCCAACUUCAAGCAAAUACAUUCAAAUAGUGCCAAAAGUUGUAUAGCCAACUAUUUUGUGCGUGACCCAUCUCCAGCUGGACAGUAUAUGUUGGAGCCAUGUGAUAAGGUGGAGGAGAGCAGCACCUACCUGAAUGCAUAUAAAAAUAUUCCGCAACAUCCAACCGAUCAGCAUGGUGCCGAAAAGGUAAGCUAA